GUGUAAUCCCAGCACAAAAAAUCAGCUGAGGAAUUGCAAACUUGUUGCAAUCCCGCAAAAUUAAUUCGGUCUGCCUUUAUUUAAUUAUAAAUAAAUAAAUACAUAAAAAAUGGCACAUUGUUCCUCCCCUAAUUUCGAUGGAAUAUGUUCCAUCCAGUUUUCAAAGACGCAUAUUAUUCGUCUCAACGGAGUCCCAUCGCUUCCCCCGGAGUUAAUUAGUUGUGUUCGCAAAGCAAUCGGGACGGGAUAGGGGAAAGGGUUAUCAUCCGAAGCUGUCGCGUAUGGUGCGCACGAAUUUAAUUUGAAUGGCAAUCCCUGGUUUGGAAAGCAAAGUGAUGGCGUUGCUUCGAGAACACUUCUUACAGAAAUCCUAUUCCACUUAGCGACACAGGGUUGGCAGCUUUUACAAAGUUUUGACCCUACACGCAAAACGAACGAUAAGGAUACCAUGUUCUUCGAAACUGCAAAGCCUGAUCCAGACGUGGAAACAUUUGCCGUCAGUUUCAAUCGGAGGGAUAGAAUUAGACUUAUCAAUCCCUCGAAUCCCCAACUUGUCGACAUUUUCAAGACCACGGUGAAAAACGCGUGGCCGGCAGGGAUACGUGCCGACAGAGUCUACUAUGGCGCUGCCGGGCUGGAAUUACACGGAAGUCCGUGGUGUACCAGUGCACAGGGGGAAAGCAUCGCGGCCAAACAGCUCGUAUGCCAUUUAAUCUACGCCAUGAAACGGAUCGGGUUUAAGCUCUAUGCCUCCGUAGACAUUACCGGGAGGAAGGGGUCAAGUAAUGGGAGCAGUAGUCACAUUAAUGGCCAGUUAGAUGUCUUGGUGUUUAGAAAGGUUACAGCAACAUGGGGAAAUUAAAAUACAAAUAUUUACGACAUUGGAAUAUAUCUAAUUUAAAGAUUAUUAUUUUAAGACGAAAAAUGACUAAUGUUCAAAUAAGAAACGAACGACGUGGAAAUUCUAUAAGGUUAGUUGCAUUUUUUAGUAAAAUUAUAAAAUUUCACAAACUAAUUGAUUGUUUUGAAUAAGAUUUAAUUAAUUUUAUACAUUGGU